UUCCUCACCACAUCUUAAAUAAAAGGAGUGUAACUCACCCAAAAAAACCUUCACAUAUUUCCUUCUGGAUCCAUCUUCAUCAUUUGAGAUAGAGAGAGAGAGAGAGAGAGAGAGAGAGAGAGAGAGAGAGAGAGAGAGAUGGCUGGGUUGCAGAGGUCUUCUGAAACCUUCAGGAGGUCAGGCUCAUCUGGUCUUGUAUGGGAGGACAGACACCUCCCCGGUGAGAUGAACUCCAACACAGCAAAGCCGAAGGAUAACUUAGACGCCGAUCCCAUAACCCUUAGGCCGACACACAGCGUUGGAGCUAUUGGCAUGAUGAGGAGAACCCGUUCCACCGGAGGCGGAGGCGGCGGUCGGGGCGGCGGCGCUGGUGAUGGUGUCAAGGCUUAUCGCGCGGAUCAGGUUGCGCCGGCCAUAGACCCUCCUUCUCCCAAGGUAUCGUGCUGCGGCGCCUUCUGUGGAGAUUUCAGCAAGAACGGGUCGAAACAAAAGGGCAAGGCUCGCCGGCGCUAAUAUCCAGCCGGCGAUCGCCGGAGAUGUGGAGAAUCUGUUUUAUGUUUGACUUUUUUUUCAUGGUGGUUUAAUUUGUGCUCUGGUUUUUCUUUUUACGAAUUUCUCAUUUUGUUAAUUAGAAUUACAUAGAAAACUGCGGCAUAAAAUUGAAUCA